AUGUCAUCAAUCUUCAAAGCAUUGGCCGGUAAGGGGAAAAGAUCUCAACAAGGAAAGUCGCAAGAGCCUAACGAGAAACAGUUCAUGAAUAAACAGCGUACCCUGUUGAUCUCCAGUAGGGGUGUGAAUUUUAGACAUCGUCAUUUAAUCCAGGAUCUUUACUCGCUGUUGCCACAUUCAAGAAAAGAGCCCAAGUUGGACACGAAGAAGGAUCUACAGCAGUUGAAUGAGAUUGCCGAGCUAUAUAACUGUAACAACAUUUUGUUUUUUGAGGCAAGAAAACACCAGGAUCUAUAUAUGUGGCUAUCCAAACCACCUAACGGACCUACAAUCAAGUUCUAUCUGCAGAAUCUUCAUACGAUGGAUGAGCUGAACUUUACAGGUAAUUGUCUGAAGGGUUCACGUCCUGUGUUGUCGUUCGACCGCAGAUUCGAGACCUCACCACACUAUCAAUUGAUCAAGGAACUACUGGUGCAUAAUUUUGGAGUUCCUCCCAUGGCGAGAAAGUCCAAGCCAUUUAUUGAUCACGUUAUGUCUUUUAGUAUUGUCGAUGACAAGAUAUGGGUAAGAACGUAUGAAGUCUCUCACACAGCAAGGAAUAAACAAGAAUACGAGGAUAAACCUGAAGAAGAGGCUGAGGAUAUUUCUUUGGUGGAAAUAGGUCCAAGAUUCGUCAUGACAGUUAUCUUGAUACUGGAGGGUUCAUUUGGUGGUCCCAAGAUUUACGAGAACAAACAGUACGUUUCACCAAACUUUGUAAGAGCUCAAGAAAAGCAACAAGCCGCAAUUGAAGCAAAGGCAAGAGCAGAUGCUGCUGUUCAAAGAAAAAUAAAGAAAAGGGAAUCUGUAAUUGCCGCUGAUCCUUUGUCCAACGAAGCAGUUUUCAAAGAUUAA